GAUUUAACGUUUAGCAAGUUUAUUAGAAUGGCAGAAGUGAAGCUGAUUGGUACUUCUCAAAGCCUAAACUGCAUCAGGAUUGAAUGGGCUUUAAAGCUUAAAGGAGUGGAGUACGAGCUUAUAGAAGAAGAUUUACUGAACAAGAGUCCGUUGCUGCUUAGAUACAACCCUGUCCAUAAGAAAGUCCCAGUGCUCUUGCACCAUGGCAAACCCAUUGCUGAGUCACAUGUCAUCCUCGAAUAUAUUGAUGAGACAUGGAAGAACAACCCUUUGCUUCCUGAAGAUCCAUAUGAAAGAAGCAUGGCUCGGUUUUGGGCAAAAUUUUCUGAUGAGAAGUGUAUUUUUGGAGUAUAUGAAGCAGCUUGGCUAGAAGAAGGAGAAGAAAAGCAAAAGGCUAUACAGUCUGCACAAGAAUUAUUGGCAAUUCUUGAGAAGCAGAUUGAAGGAAAGAAGUAUUUUGGUGGUGAAGUGAUACGCUUUUUGGAUCUAGUAGUAGGUUGGAUUCCUCGUUGGCUCAAUGCUAUGGAAGAAGUCGGCAGUAUCAAGUUACUUGAUGCUGAGAGGUUUCCAUCACUCCAUGAAUGGUCUCAAAACUUCAUAGCAAAUCCAGUCAUCAAAGAAUGUAUUCCACCACAAGAGAAGCUUGUCAACUAUUUCAAUUUUGGCAUAAGCUACAGGCGUUCCCUAGCAGUUGCCAAACCAUGAAAGCUUCCCCUAUUUGGCUGUCAAUAAGAUGGAAGAAGCGAGAACAGUUCAAAGUUUAAAAUUAUUCAAACUCUUUUUUUUUUCUUUUUUCUUUCUAUAAAUUUACUCUUUCAUU